UAUUAAAAAGUUUUCAUUUGUGGAAUAGUACAUAUUAAAGCAAAUAAUUCAAAUUAAAUUAGAGGUAAAGAUGUUUCUAUACCAAAUGUGAUUUCACAGACCAGUUUGAAGAGGAACUAUUUCGCACUGCUUUGUCUCUGACCGGGAUUUUUUAGUGGGUGGCAAUUUCAUGAGUUGCAUGCUAUCGUAGCAUGCUAGCCCAGUUUUAGCCAGCCCUUUGGUCUUCCGGAAUUUCUCCUCUAUUUCUCCUCAUUUCGGUCCGGAAUUGGGUAUGUCGUAUCUGACUCAUUCUAAGAGUGCUCAGUUUAAUUUCAAUGGUUUUUAAAUUCUAUUUUAUGCCGCAUUAACGUUGGCUUAGAAUACAUGUAUGUUUACAUUGGGCGGGGCUUGCAAAAGGUGUGGUUAAACUCUUAUUUUCAUGAACAUAUAAUCGUACUGAUUGUCCUUAAGCAGAAGUAACCCAGAAUUAUACCAGCCAACAAAUGUGUGGUCAAUAUGUCAUGAAAAAAUCAAAUCAUUUACGAUUUUCUUUGUCAUGCACUUCCGCACUACAAAGUUUCUGAACCAUAGUAGUUCCGGUCCACCCUCUCUCUGUGUGCGACACAUUUUUCCUGAACGAUAGUGCUCCAGUAUUCAGCAUAUUCUGGUUAGAUUGCCCUGAUAAGUUUCAGGUUAUUAUUGCGGUUACAAAUAAUCCAUUCAUUUCUCAAAAAGGACUGUGAAGUAAAUUUGCUGUUCGUCAAGGUUCGAGAUGGACAACAAGGAGCAGUCCAAAGACAGCAGCACGGACCGGUCCGACCUGGUUUCUGAGGACGGCAAGAACAGCAAGUCUGUGGUGUGUCAGCGCUGCGGAUCCAAAGUGCUGUGCCCGGGGAUGGCUGUGUUUGCAGAGAAAGAGGUACGAUUUUCAGUAGAACUGAGCAAAAGGUUCGAGUCUCUGGACUGUCCAAGUGCUGCCUUCAAACUCCAGAGUUGAUGAUUUUAUCUGUCCAACAUGAAUGGCAGAUUUAAAUUGAUUAAUUCAGAUUAGCUGUAUGUAUUGUGUGGCAUCAUUUCAUCCAAUUUCUUUGGAAUAAUGAUGAUUAAUUUCUGUCAUGUAAUACAAAGUUGUAGGUUUAACUGUUGAGGCAUUUUGUCAUAAAAAGUUCUUUUUUCCAGUAGCAAAAGUGCUACUUAUACUAUUGAUACUGAAGUGUAUUUUAUAAGUACUUCUUAGGCUUUCUCUUUUCAGGAGAACUAUAAACUCAGAAGUGUUAAUUUUCAUUAAAAAGGUGCAGUACUAGUACUUUCAGUCAAUUAAAUAAAUGAAAAUGUACGGGUGAAUUCAGUAAAUUAAAAAAAAUGUUUAUUUUAGUCAUACAUCACCCACACAUGUUCACCAAAGCAGUUAAGUUUUGUUAUUUCAUACAUAGAAAUUGUACUCUUUUUAUGAUCAUCUCAGUGUUAAAGAGAUAUUCCGGCAUAGAAUUAAUUUAGAGUCAAACAUACCAUAAUACCGAGUGGGAGUCCCCCUUGAGAGAUGAGUGUUGCUGACCGCUUGCUUCUCUAGUUAAACCAACUUUAGUAAUGUCCGCACAAUAGCAAUGCACAGCGGUCUGAGGAGCCACGCAGAAACUUCUACCAAAAUGCCACUCUGUAGCCACAAAUAAUGCUCAGAACAGCACCUAACUUCAUCAACAGUACAUAUAGGGUCCCAGCCAUAGUAGUAGCCACCAAACAUCUUUUUAACUUCGCCUGAUUUCUUUUUAAAGAGACUAAACACAACUCACCUACUCUCUUCCAGCAGCCGCUUGUUUGUAGGGAGACCUCGGGCCAGUCCAUUUCAGACUACAGCGGGGUGACGCAGCUCAAGGAAGAACAUUUAUGAUCAUUUCUUCAUGGAAAUGCAAUCAGACUGAGAUGCUAAGGCAGGAGAACUACCGCAUCUGCAGUGCAAAAAGGAUUAAUAUGAUGAUUAUAACUUCAAGGACAUGAUAAAGAAAUGACCAUAAAUGUUCUUCCUUGAGCUGCGUCACCCCGCAGCAGAGGAUUCCUGCAAAUGUUGCGUUUUUGAGUUUUAUAUUUCUGUGCCUCAAUAUGGAAUUGUUGUAUCUGAAAAAAGAAAUCACAUUUUGUCAUGAAUGCAUCAUCUUAAUUUUCAUGUAAAUAAGUCCAAAAACCCCCCAGCACUUUUGAAGCUGAUUCCUCUUAUGCAUAUUUUAUGUCAUCUGUGUCUGUUUUUCUUUUCUCACCAGCUGUUUUUACCAUCCAUGCGGAAAAAGAGCGGCCUCGGCAGCACCACAGACAGCUCAGUUGAUGGAGAUACUCUAACUGCCCACUGGUUUGUGGAUGACAUGUACACUUUUGAGAACGUGGGCUUCACCAACGACGUGGGGAGAAUUAAAUAUCUCAUCUGUGCAGAUUGUGAGAUUGGACCUAUCGGCUGGCACUGUUUGGAUGACAAAAAAAGUUUCUAUGUGGCUGUGGAAAGGGUUAAUCAUGCGUAGUCACUCUGAACACAGAUGUGAGCCCACAAGAACUUAAACAAAUGUGCUGGCCAGAUUUGCAUUUCAUGAAUUUGCUCCCAGUGUUGACUCCAAACUACUUUCAUCAAUCAAACACUCAACUUCACAUUUACUGUUAGGUGUACUAUGUUUAUAACAACAUGACUGUCUCGUAUACUAACAGUGUGACUGUCCUGCUCUAAUAAAACUGUUUUUGUUUUUUACAAGCUAAUUUUGAGUUUAGUCCUGCAGCUUUUUAUGGUUCAUUUGCCACUGAGUAUCUUCAUCUUGGUAUCUUUUAAACAAAAAUCUAGCCAGAUUAAUUUGAGAUGUGAUGAUCAAACCAUCUACAACAUGUUUGGUAAACUUUAAGUGAUAUUCUCAAGCAUUUAGAAACUCCUCCACAAACUUCAUACUUUUGUUACCAAAAAAGCUUUUGGUGACCUAUCAUUUAUUAUUUCUUUUCAGACAUUAAAAAUAAUCACACAGAAAUAAUCACCCCUUAUUCUUGAUGUCUUGUUUGAUUUUAAUGCGCUUAAAAGGCAUUAAUAAAUGCUUCACCCUCGGCUAAAACCCCUCAAAGUAACUUCAAAGGUAUCAUUAAUGAGUGGGGAUUUGAUUUUGGCUUACAUUUCUUUAAAAGAACAACAGCAGCAUUUGUUCUUUAAUGAGACCUGUUUUUGUAUCCUGGCUUACCCACAGAUGACUUGGUUUCAUGCAUAUAUUAGACUACUCCUGAAAACUCAUUAAAUAAAUGUGUAACAUGAUCUGUAAAUUCAGAUGUGGAGAUGUCUCAGGAUGGAUUUUUAACCCAACCCCAAAUCUUUCAUACAGUGGAGUGUAUGUCUACUGUUCGCCACUAGAUGUCGUAGUUUCAGUAUUUGACAUAUAUCAUUAUUUAAAUAAACUGUGCUCAUUGUUGAUAGGUGUGCUGUACACCUUUCAGCUAUAGACUGACUCCACCAUAUGUGUUGUAACUCUCUCCAUUGAAAUGGUCUGUUUGUUUCACAGCAGUUAUACAAAGGUGCUUCAUUUUAACAAAGAGGUGCAUACCGAAGGUCAUUUGACAGAUGUUGAUCUCUCAUUGUAAGAAAAGACUGUAGAUUUUUGCGUCCAGACUGUUAAAAGUUAAAUCACUCUAAGUGAGACAUGUUGGCUUAAAUAUUAAAAAAAGGUUGAUUAUAAUAAAAUUAACCGGGUAAUGGUGAGGGACAGCUGUGAUUGUUCAAGUCAACCGUCCAGAUUAAGCAACGGGAAGUUUGAAUGAAACAGAGA